AUGGCAACAGGAGGGGGGUCAGAAAAGACCUCUGUACAAGUGGCAAUUCGUAUUAGACCAAUCACAAAUGAAGACACAACAAAUUUACCGACACGAUUUCAACGUCAAAUUCUCUCAGCUUCCCCGCCGAAUCAAGUCAUUGUUCAAUCCGAAAAGAAACAAUCAUUUAGUUUUGAUUAUGUAUUUGGACCGGAAGCAACUCAACAUGAUGUGUAUGAUAAAGCAAUUGUAAAAUUAGUAGAGAAUUUUUUAGAGGGCUAUAAUGUGACAAUAUUGGCUUAUGGUCAAACAUCUUCGGGUAAAACACAUACAAUGGGAACAGCAGAUAAUACAUCAAUUCCACCAGAAUCCAAGGGUAUAAUCCCUCGAGCAAUGCAAACGCUAUUUUCCUCGAUGAAUGCUCCACAUUAUAAAUCAAGGAAAUUUUCAUUAAAAGUUUCAUUCAUUGAAAUUUAUAAUGAAGAUUUAAUUGAUCUUCUUGGCGAAAGUUAUGGGGAUAGUAGACCACAAGUGACGAUCCGCGAAGAUACAAAAGGAAAUAUUUUAUGGAGUGGGUUACAAGAAAUUAGAGUAAACAGCGUAAAUGAGGUUAUGGGACAUUUAACACGAGGUUCUGCAAAUCGGCAAGUUGGUGCAACUGAUAUGAAUGCACAGUCUUCGCGAUCACACGCAAUAUUUUCCGUUACAAUGAUUCAACAAAAAUUUGUCGGCUCAUCCACAGCUCAAGCCCCCGCUCGACCUGGUACCCCAUCAAAAAUGCUUGAACCAAAAUUUGGAAUUCGCUCACAAUCAAGUACAAAUAAUCUACGGAUGAGCCGACGAAUUGAUGAAGGGGAAUUUGUUUCCGUGACAAGUAAAUUUCACUUUGUGGAUUUGGCCGGGAGUGAAAGAUUAAAAAGAACUUCUGCGGUAGGAGAGCGUGCUAAAGAGGGUAUAUCAAUUAAUUCUGGGUUACUUGCUUUAGGAAAUGUAAUAUCGGCUUUAGGUGAUCCAAACAAAGCUAAACACACAACUCACAUUCCAUAUCGAGAUUCUAAACUUACUCGAUUGUUACAAGAUUCAUUGGGCGGUAAUGCACAGACAUUGAUGAUUGCGUGUGUUUCACCCGCAGAAUACAAUCUGAGCGAGACCGUUAAUACACUUAAAUACGCGAAUCGAGCGCGUAACAUAAAAAACUCGGCCACAGUUAAUCAAGAGGAAGUAGGAUGGCAUGAUUUGGAACAUUUACAAAAUUUAGUGCUAAAACUAAGAACAGAAAUCAGAAACUUAAAGUCUACAAAUCCAUCGAAUAGUAAUGCUCAGUCCGGAUCGAAUAACAGUUCCGGAAGGAAUACUCCAUCAUUACUUACUCCCCCAAGUAAUGACACAUCACCGCAUAGUAGAUUAGCGCGACCAAAAUCACCUCACAUCAAUAAUCCUACUAACGAACACAAGGACGUUGAAGUUCUAGAAGAUCAGCUACGUCAAAUACAACGUUCAUACGCUGAAUUAACGCAAAAGCAUGCAAAGACGUCUGCCGAGCUUGCAGCGCAUCAGGACAAUUUUGAUCAUGAUGGUGUUGCAAAGACUAAUAAUAUUGAUAAAAUAUUUCCUCAAAAAUUGAGAGAGGAGAAAGAGAAUUUCAUGGAACACGCUUCUGCUAGUUUUCAGGAAGCGGUUGAACCUGUUAUUGAAGAAUAUGAAAAAUCAAUAUCAUCACUUGAGAGCCAGCUGGCUCUCACACGUGCUGCUUUGAAUCAUACAGAGACGAUAAUGGACGAUCAAGAAGCUAAGUUAGAUCAUGCUGAACAUUUAAAUGAACAAAAUAAGAAUUUAAUCUUUGAUUUGAGAAACAAGAUAGAGCAUCUUCGUGAACGUGAAGAAACUGCAGAACAUUAUAUUAAGGAUCUUGAAUCAAAACUCGAAGUUCAUUCAGAAGAACAAAGCAAGGAUCAAGAAUUGAUUAACGAAUUGAAGAGUGAAAUAUCGCAGUUGAAAUCGAAUGGUUCAAAUAGUGAGGGUUAUAUCCAAAAUUUAGAAUCCCGUUUAGCAUCAAGUGAAGAGCAGACCGUUAAGUUUGACCAAAUGGUCGAACGACUUGAAAAACGUCUUCAACAGAGAGAGCUAGCUUACUCAGAAUUAGAAGAAAAGAUGCGACAAUCCAAUAUUGAUGAUGAAAAGAAAAUGUUACUUGGCGCGAUUGAUGAACGUGACCGGAGAAUUAUUCAACUUGAACAAAAGGUGAACGAGCUCUUAAUUGAACUUGAGAAGUUGCGACUAAAAUCUCAGGAACGAGAGUUAAAUAAUCUACAAGGUACACAUCAACGAUCCACCUCAAUUGCGUCAGUAAUAUCCGAAGAUGAAAAAUCGGUUACGUAUUCACCAAUUGCGAAAGGUCUAUCAUUGAAAGACGAACAAGAUCGUUUAUUAGUUGCGGAUUUAGAGGCGAAAUUAUCUAAAUUACAACAAACUCACGAGCAAACUGUUGUAGAAUUCACCGAAAUAAAGGUCAAAUAUCAGACCUGCCUUAAUGAAAUAAGUGAACUUCAGACGCAACUUAAUGAGGCAAGAAUGAUGGAAUCAGAAUAUGAUGAAUUCAGGUGUACAACUCCAUCAACACCUAUCACACCAAUGUCACCACAAAGUGAUUUUGGUCCACCUAAUCCCCUACGAAUGUCUCUUCCGCCACCAUUACGGAUCGAAGUUUCUGGAAAAAGUCCUUAUGAUAACGGUCUGACCACUGCAGAACGACGUGAAUUUCAUCGAAAAUCCAAGUCUCUAUCAGGUGAUAUUAGAGGUUCAGAAAGGCGAGAUCUUGCUCAUCUUGCGAUCGCUCAAAGACUUCAAAUGGAAAUAAAGCAACUUGAAUCUCUUAAUGAGGACAAAGCUACAGGUUUGGAUGCUGUGAAAAAAGAAUUUGCACGCUUAGAGAUGAGUCAUCGUGCAACUCUUGAGAUUGUUGAAGAAUUACGUGAAGAAAUUAAGAGGCGUGAUGCUCUAGCGCAAUUGGAAGUUAUGUCUGUUAUGGCAACAGAAGUUUCUGAUCGAUCGGAUUCGACUUCUGUCACAGAACUUGACGAGCUUGAAAUUGUAAUUCGACUUCGGGAAGAAGUUGAAAACCUUAAAGAACAACAAAGUCAAGCAAUUGGAAAAAUUUCUGAACUUGAAAAAGAAAAUAAUAACAAGAGUGAAGACAUUUUACAGAUUGAAUCGAAAAUUCAAAGUCUUCGAGAUCAAAUGUACCAAACUUAUAAUGAAAAAAGCAUUGACGUAGCCUUGGAUAACAAUGCUAUCGAAGAGAACAUUAUUAAAUUGCAAAUGAAAAUUAAAGAACUGGAAGCUCAACUUGUCGAAGUUCAAGAGAAUCAAAGAUUUGAAAAUGUGACGGAUACUGUAUCUAAGCUUGAAGGAAAAAAUGAUGAAUUAUAUGAACAUGUCAAAAACGAAAUGAAAACUCUACGUAUGAGAGUUGAGAAACUUCAGGUAGAAAUUGAAGCUAAAAGUCACACUAUAGCAGCUUUAGUCCUCCCAAAUGAGGAUCGAUUAUGCACUAUAAAAAGACUCGAAAAUGAGCUUCAGGAGGUAAAACAAGCAUAUCGUUUUGCUAUUGAUGACAAAUCAGUUAGCAUUUCUGAAGCCGUUGUAGUCGACAGCGACACUUCUGACAAUGUGAAUUCGUCAGAUAAACUUGAACAAAAUGUCGAUAAAAACGUUAAUGUCCUAGAAGAAAGGGUUAAAGAACUUGAAUUAAAGCUUUCAAAGUUGAAAGAGAUAAAUUCUCUUCCAACUUCCAGAAGUUCCGCUCUUCAUAUUGUAGAUCCUACACAAAAAUCUGUAGAAGCACUUCAAGCUAAGUUGAUAAUAUUACAAGAAGAACUUGCAAAUAAAUCCGAUAAUAUUGAAAACUUGAAAAGUGAAAAGGACUUAGUGAUCGCUUUACAAUCUCAUUUAGAAACGCUUAAAUCCGACCUUAAACGUAAAUAUGAACUCAUUGAGGUAUUAAAAAGAGAUUUAGUUGUCAAAGGUGUUUUACAACAAAAAUUAAGGGAGAAGGAAGCUGAAGCUUUAAUGUUAAAGGCUCAGCUUUCUGAAGUUAAGGUUCGAGAGGAAGAUAUGCAAAAACAAAUGUUGCAAGUUCAGAUACAAUUACAAAAAGUAGAAAGUAGUAAAGGUGCGGAUCAGAUUUUGCAAUCUGAAAUUGAAAAUGUGAAAAAAGAGCUUCGAGAAGUCAAAGAAAGGGAAACUUCUGCUUUAGAACGUUUACAAACAUUAAACGAAGAGGAAUCAAAACUUAAACAAGAAUUAAAACGUUACAAAACUGUCGAAAUCACUCAGAGAGAAAGAAUAAAUGUGCUAGAGACGCAAUUAUCAGAACAGGAUGGUAAUGAUGGUAAUUUAGAUGAAGAUAUAAUAAAGUUAAAAACUGAAUUGAAUCUAGUUAAGGAAUCUGAGGCCGAAUACAAACUGAAAAUUGCAAUACUCGAAACCAAAUUGGAACGAUCCGAGAACGACUUUGCUGCAUUACGUAACAAGAUAGACUUAUUAAAGUCUAAAACAAUUGGACAAAGUACACAGAUUCAAAAUCAUGAACUCCAACUUAAUGAAGUACGUUCGGCUGCUACUUUUAUUGAUUCACAGCAAGUUAGUCUCUUCAAUAAAGAAAUCGAAAUUUUGCGUGAACAAGAUGCAAUGCAACGUAAGAAGAUUGACACACUUGAAAAUCGAUUGAAACAACUUCAACAAGAUACAACGGUUUCCGCGUUAAAAAUCGAAAUAAACGAAUUAAAGAAUGCAGAGUCUAAUUUAAAACAUACUAUUAAAGAAUUAGAAAAUAAACUAGAAACAGCACAAAAAGAAUCAGAUGAAUCACAAGUAUUAAAGAAUGAAAUAUCAUUAUUGAAAAAAUCUGAAUCCGAGCAGAAUAUUUCUAUAGAACAAUUGCAAUCCCAGAUUAAAGUUAUAACUGGAGAAAAAGAUGGCUUAAUUAGAGAAUUAGAAAGUUUAAGGAAAGAAUAUAACGCACAAAAAGAAUUUAUAAUAUCGCUUGAAAAAGAGUUGAACGAUGUUAGGGAAGAAUUAUCAAAGACAAAGGAAGCCGAUGCAGUCAGUUCAAUAAAACUAGAUAAUUUAUCAAAAUUAUUAGCGGAUAAGGAACGACAGCGAGACGAGGAAUUGAAAAAGAUCAAAACAUUAGAAAAUCAGAUUCAAGCAUUUAAAGAUGUUGAAUCGGUAGUAGAUAAGGAUGCCAACUCACUAAAGGAUGCAUUGACAAAUGCCAAACUUGAAAUUGGAACACAGAAUGGUCUUAUUAAUGAGUACGAGGUUAAGGUUAAAACGCUUGAAAAAGAACGUGAUCAGCAUGCUAAUCGAGUGACUGAACUUACAAAAACUCUUGAAACAAAGGAAAUUGAACAGAAGAAAAUAGUUGCAACAUUGAAAUCUUCUAAAAGUAAUUUGGAAAGUCAACUUGUAGAAGCCAAGAGUUCUUCACAAUUUGAUCAGAAUACCAUAACAAGUCUUGGAAACAAACUUGCAUCCGUUGGAACUUUAUUUGGUGAAGCAAAAGCUUCGGAGGAAAGACAUAUCAAGAAGGCUCGAGAAGUAGAUGAGAAAUUGAGAGAAGCUAAUACUACUUUGUUGAUAAAGGAAAGAAUGCUUACGACUAAGGAUGCUUUCAUUUCUGAAUUAGAAGUUACUCUUCAUAAUACACGAGAAGACCUUGAAAAUGCCAAAAUAUCUGCUAGCUCCGAAUCUAGACACGUUAAACAGCUUCAGGCACGAAUUUAUGAUUUAGAGACAGAAUUAUUGAAGCGUCCAUCUUCAUCUGAACUUGAGGCUGUUAAAAAGACAGCUGCUAAACAAAGUGAUCUAGUAAAGGAAUUAGAGAUGAAAUUGGCAUCCUUGGAACGAAAAUCUCCUACAGAUGUAACCACAAGUAUCGGUGCUAUUGCUUUGAUGUCUGCGCAGUUGGAGGAGGCCAAACACGCUGAAAUCAUACAGAUAAAUGCAUUAAAAGAUAAACAAGAAAAUUUGAAACGGCUACAAGAGAUGAUGGAUAGGGUUAACGCCGAAUUAGAAAUUGUCAAAAAAUCAGAAGCAAAACAUGUUGAAUUAAUAAAAACCUUGGAAACCCAACUCAAAGCAGCUGAAGGCAAUCAUAAUGCCGAAUCCUCAAGGCUUGACGAUGCUAAUGCGGAAAUCGAAUUUCUCAAAUCACGAUGCAAAAAAUUGCAAAAUGAGCUUGAUGAUACACAGAAAGCAACUAUGAUAAAAAAUUAUAGUGAUGUUGAUCAUAGUGAGAUUGUUGAGGAACUUACUAACCAACUUAAGGAAGCUCACAAUGAGGCCAAAGUAUAUCGCGAUCAAGUUGAAGAAUUAGAAAAGAUAACCAAACAACUUGAAACUGAUAAACAAAAUCAAAUAAACACUAGCGAUGAUCUUAAACAACAAAUAGAACAUCUUCGAAAUGAUUUUGAUAGUAUAGCUGAAGGAUGCACAGAAACUGCUACCAAAUAUGAGGAUGUUGUUGAGAUUUCUAAAGAGCAAAAGAUCCGUAUUACUGAAUUGGAGAAGGCACUUGAAGAAACCCAAAAUCAAAAGAGAACACUUUCUUCACAUAAAAGUAAUGAUUCUUUAAUAGAUGGUUUUGAUACUUACGACAUUUCAUCAGAUUCCACACUUUCGAAACUUGCGGCCGCCAAUGAGAAUUUACGACAAAUUAAUGAUAAUCUUCACGCAAAAGUAACCGCAGCAGAAGAUCACGUGGUUUCCUUGAAACAUAACAUAAGGGAUUUAGAGAAAGAACUGGGUCAUUUGAAUAACGCUCUUAAAGGAGCAACGGUGGAAGAGUUGAAAGAAAAAAUUACUGAACUUGAGGCGGAGAAAGAAGGUUUAGAACAGGCUAAUAAGUCAUUUGGUGAAGAUCGAAAGAAACUUGAUCAAAAGAUUGAAUCUUUAAUGAAACAAUUAAAUUUAGCCGGACGUGGUGGAAACAAGACAGCCGCUCAAUUGGUCGAAUUAAAUAAUAAAUUAAUAGCACUUGAACAUGAAUAUGCUAAUUUGAAACAACAAACUUUGAUAGAUGCUCAGGAAAUGGAGGAUGAAAUUACGAGAUUAUUAAAUAUUAAUGAACUACUUGAAAAAGAGAUCAAUGAAUUAGAGUCUCAAAUACCAAAGAGAAAUAGUGGAGCCUCUUUUGAUUCCAAAAAUUUAACCCCCAUCAUUCCAAAAUUAAAUGUCGUAAAUGAUUCUGUAAAGACAAAAUUACAAAGGCAAGAUAAUACCAUUUCUCAGCAAAAUAAUCUUAUCAAGGUUCUACAAGAUAAGAUUUGUGAACUUGAACGUAAAAUAGAAACUGAAAAUGUACGUCGUCGUCCGUCAUUUGGAGCGGUGUCAAUUACGGAUCAUGAUGGACCUGGACCUACAGGUGUUCGAUUAUCGACCUUGUCAAUUAUGUCAGCAUCAUCUACCAAAUCAAUACUUGAUUCAAGAAACGAUUUCAUUGAUGGAAGCAAUACUCCAACCGGUGAUCUUGCAAUGGAAAUACAAAAACUGCACAGAAAGAUUGCUAAAAUCGAAGGCGAAAAUAUACAAAGUAAACGACUUGUUGAAACUUUGGAAAAUUCUCUGGAUGAAAAUGAAACAAAUCUUCGAGUAGCCAAACAGCAAUUACACGUUUUGCAAAAAGAAAAGGCGGAACUUGUUGAACAAAUAAAAACACUUCGUUCUAGUUUGGAUGAAACGACGGAACAAUUUGAACAUGCUAGAUCAUCAGUUUAUGAAGAAAAGAAAGUUAUUGAAACAGUAUUGGAAGAAGAACGGAAAGCAAAGGAAAAUGCCGAAAAGGCACGAAGACAGCUCGAAUCCAGAAUGGAAGAACUUAUGGCCAAGAAAAGCAAGUUUAUGUGCUUUUAG